AAUUUUUUAGAUAGUAAAGUUAUAAAUAUAAUUAAAGUUUUUGAAAUUAUUUAUGAAUGAAGUACUAAACAAAUCUUCUUUCACAAAAUCAUAAAAUAUGAAUAGCCCGGGAAAAUAAGAUUUUGAAAAGUGUAAAUAAAAGUUAACUAAAUUGUAAUACAUUCCUAGCAAAACAGCAGACUUUAAUGAUUGGAAAAGCAAAGAUGAAAGCAAAGAAUUAAAUUAGUAAUUUAUGUAAAAUGAGAUGGAAAAAAUAUAAAGUUUAUCUUUUGAUUGUGAACCUUAUUUUAAAUCAAGAACUGAAAGAGAAAUAUUAUAAAAUAAAAGCUAAAAUAAUUUUUUAAAGUGCCCGUAGGUAAAGUCUUUACCAAAUAAGAAUAGUAGUAAUGAUAAAGUAGAAGAUUAAUAGAUAAUUCUUAGAGGUAUAGAAACGAAAAGAGAAGAUUAACCAGAAUUAUAUUAUGAUUUAUCGAAGAAAAAGUUAUCAGAUAAUCGCUACUCAUUAAAGUUAUUUAACUCACAAUCAAGUAUUUUCAAGGAAUAAUAUUUUAUGUAAGAUAAACAGUCUUUGAUAGAUUAGUAAUAUAAUAAAGUGAAAGCUGAUAUCACAAAAUAUAAGAGUUAUUUUGCUAAGUUUAGGUGGAACUACUUCUUUGAAUUUACUUUUUAUCAUAUUUUGUUCUACAUAAUUUGUGGACCACUUUCAGUUUUAAUUAUUAAGCGCUUUGGUAAAAGUUUACCCAACAAUCUCAUUUUCUCUAUGAUAAGCUUACCUUUGUUUUAUCAAACCAUUUUUUUUCUAUUCACUUUUUGUUCAUAUGCUUUGUAUUAUCUGAUGGACUGUCCAAACAUUUAUUUUUAAGCUGAAGUGAUGAUGGAGAUUGCUGUAGUUAUCUCUCGUUGUUUAGUUAUAGGAAUUAAAUAUGCCAUGUAUGAUCCUGUCAAAAUUAAAGUUAUCAAGUAGCAUAACCUAACUUUAGAAGAAAUCUAUUCAGAUUUCUACUUAGCAAGUUGGGCUAAUCAAACAGAUAAAAUAAUUCAUGAUGAAACUUAUUUUUGUUUGAGGGCUUACGAUAUUGACCCAAGCAUGUUUUUCUUAGAAUUUAUGUGUGAUCUCGAUUUAGAAACUAUUUAAAAUGAUCAAUAAUAUUUGAAAGAUUUGGAAAAGUGGCAUUCUACUAAACCUUUCGUAUCUGAAAAUAGCACAAUUACAGUUCCUGAUUAGGCAAGUUUAUUUGGAUACACUAUUAUGAAAGAGUUUGUUGUUAAAUUUAAAGAAGAUAAUUUAUUUAUUUAUAAGUAUGUCUACUACUUUUGCCAAGGAUUUGGAAUUUAUAAAGCAAUAUUACCAAUUGUAUUUAGACUAAUUGAAGGUAAAUAUCCUUCAUCUUAUUAAUGGCAAGAAUACGUUAUCAUGAUUGGAGUUGCUUGGAAUACUCGUUAAAUAUAUUUUUAUUGCGUAUUAUAGCUUAUGUAUGGAUUUUUAGAUAUCAAAAGGAAGGUUUUUUAAUAGUAUUAGCUAGCCUUUAUGAUAUCCCCUAGGAAACCUAGAAAUAUUGAUAGCUUUAAGAUAUACCCUACAAUUAAUAUAUUUAAAAUUGAAACCUUAAAAGCUUGGUAGCUUAUUAGAUAAGUCUGCUUAGAGUAUGGAAAAAGUUACUUCUUAAGAGUUUAAGCUUUGUUUAGUAUAUUCUUUAUAAUCAUGUUAAUUCUAAUAACUUUGCUUGGAUUAGGUACUUUUAAAGUUAUAAAAUUAGAAGCUUGUUUUGUAGUUAUUAUUUUAUCAGACACUGCUUUCUUGUUUCUAAUCAUAUUAAUGUUAUGCUAUUAUUGCUCAUAGGUAAAUGAGUCUUUUUAAAAGCAUCAAAAUAUCUUAAGGCAAAAUAAAUCUAUUAUUGGUGAUAUAUAUAGAAAUAAGUAGAAAUUUUUUAAAGAGGAUUAUAAAAGCCACAGUUUUAUCUACAAUAUUGGAAUUUCAAAAAUAUAAUAAGAAGCAAAGUAUAAAUCAUAGGGGAAUCCAAUAACUUAUACUCAAGAAUUAUUAAGAGACUAUGAAGAUUAAAUACAAGAUGUUAAAUUUGACUCUAUUAAUCACCCUAUUAAACUGUUAGGCAUUAAAAUCACUUUUGGACUUAUUUAAUCAGUUGUUAUUAGUCUUUUAAGCAUCAUUUUAACAUUUAUUGUUAAUUUCUUAAACGUACACUCCAAAAAUUGAUUUAAACAUUUUAAAUUACAAAGGAUAAUAGCUAGAAAAUAUUAAAAUUUUAAAUUUUAAAUUUUCUAGAUAUAUCUUUUUAGGAAAACAAAAAUUUCUAUAUUUUUAAAGAGGAUUAUUAAUAAAAUUUAUUAACUAAAAAAGAAUUAAUUCAAUAAUUUUAUAAAAUUAUAAAUAAACAUACACCAUUUAUAUUUAAUAAAAUUAUAAUUUAUGUUUUUAUUAAAUGCUUGAAAAUGCAUUUAUCAAUCAACACAACUUUCAUUAAUAAAUAAA